AUGUCUUAUCCUCAAUUUGCCCAAGAUUUGAAAGAGCCAGAGGAGAAAAAUGUGCCCCUUCUGCACAUUAUUCUAGAGUCAGCUCAAAUUGUGUCGUCGAAUGCUCAAAACUUCGUUAGAUCACCUUCAUAUACUGCUUCACCGGCUAUCCAACCUUAUUCAUCACACGCGAAAAAGAAGAAGAAAAGAAGAGGGAAAAUAGAAAAAAAAGGAAAAAAGGGCAGCAACCCUUUAAAUCAAAGGGCUCUGCUGUGCCCAUUGACUGCCUCGCCAAAUCUCUCCAUGGAUGCUUCACCGAAGCUCGCUCUGGGUGCUCAUCCACCUGAUGUGAAAUUGGAAGCAAUAACUAUUGAAAACAAAGAAUAUUUGAAAAAAAUCUUGCAGAAGCUUACAAGAAGGCUUGCCGGUAGUCUACUGAGAGAUGUUUGUUGUAACUCCCUUUGUGACAUGUUGGCUGGAGUUAAUGGUAAAUUAUUCCUCCAAUCAAUCCGACGUCCCAAAUUUAAGGUGGAAGUAUACAGCCUACUUGAUUGCGUAGCUAAUGGCGACCCGGACCUACCAGAUCGACCAUUGCCUGAAUGUUAUCAAACAGCGGCUGUAAACUUGGUCAAAAUACUUCUUGCACGACCAGGCCGAAUUCCUACAGAUGCCGAUGCUUUACCUAUCAUUGAAGAGUUAAAAACAACAGACGCAAAAGCUUUUCUCGAAGAAUUUAUGGAAUCUUUUUACGAUCCUACAAGAAAGAUUUCAAUUGAUAUGAUCUUGGUGGCGAGUGAGUUCUUGAACGCUUCGCUGUAUGAGUUAGACAAUGAUGAUUCUGAUCCUUGGACUUACAGUCGCGGCUUGAUCCAAUCGCUUGUGAAAGCUUUCGCAUCUGAAAUAGGAUUUGAAGUUUUUGAGAACUUAUUUGCUGAGGUAUCGCGCCCAAUUUCGGAAGAUUUCGUGCAACAUUACCUUCAGUGUGAUGUUCUGUCAAAAAUAACACUCUCUGGGAUAUUUUCCAGUACAGUAUCGUCUAAUUACAGUUUAGACGCCACUUUCACCGCGUUGUGGACUUUUCCAGGUCUCUGUUUUGUUACAAUGGCUCAAGAUUAUCUCGACGUGCCAAAAAGGUGGCAAAAUUUUGUUGGCUUCAUUAGACUGUAA